CAGCAACACUAGUGUUCGCGAGGCGCAUUACUUGAAGAGAACAGUUCCCGGUUUGAGAUUUUAGACAUGGCACUUUCCAACGUCCUCGAACCUGCUGUGUCUGGUUUUAACUUCGAAAAUUCCACAAGAAACAUUGUCCUGGAGAAUGGCUCAGAAGAGGGUAAAAUCAAGGCACCGAAACCCAUGAAAACAGGCACCACCAUUGCUGGAGUGGUUUAUAAGGAUGGUGUAGUUCUGGGAGCAGACACAAGAGCCACCUCUGAAGAAGUAGUGGCAGAUAAAAUGUGUGCCAAGAUUCACUACAUUGCACCUAACAUAUAUUGUUGUGGAGCAGGGACAGCUGCGGAUACUGAGAAGACGACAGAUAUGCUGUCAUCAAACCUCACCAUUUUCUCCAUGAACAGUGGCAGGAACCCAAGAGUCGUCAUGGCCGUUAACAUACUACAAGACAUGCUCUUCAGGUAUCGAGGUAUGAUUGGAGCUCAUCUAAUUUUAGGGGGUGUUGACUGCACUGGCAGUCACCUGUACACGGUUGGCCCUUAUGGGAGCAUGGACAAGGUGCCGUAUCUAGCCAUGGGAUCUGGUAAACUGCCUGCUUUGGGGAUACUGGAGGACAGAUUCAAAGGAAACAUGGAUCUGGAGGAGGCCAAGGCACUGGUAAGCGAUGCCAUCCAUGCAGGCAUCAUGAGUGACCUGGGAUCAGGCAACAACAUUGACCUGUGUGUGAUUACGAAAGAGGGGGUGGACUAUAUCAGACCUCACCGAGAGUCCCUUUAUAACUAUAAGAGACAGGCAAAGUACAAAUAUAAGCCAGGUACAACACCUGUUUUAACUAAAACCGUGAAUCAGCUGGAGCUGGUGCAUGAGACCGUUCAAAUGAUGGAAACAGCAGGAUCCAGUUGAGCCAUGAAAUACACUGUGAUGUCAUAAUGUGAUCUGGAAGUUACUGUUUUGACAAACAAACGUGAAAAAAGACAGAUCAUGCUGUAAAUGUGUUUUUUUGUCUGAUGUUUGUUCGCAUAAUUCCAUGGCUGCGAGUGGACUGAUGAUCAUCAAUAAACUACUACAAUUUCCAGCAUAUGCCCCACAUAUCAUUUAAAAAAAAAAUGUUUUAGAAACAAAGAUCUGUUUUAGUAAACGCAACAGAACUUAAUAAAAAAAAUGCAACACAAAUAAAUUCCAAGGACAUUU